AAAAUUUGAUCAACUACUAUAUGUGCUCAAACUCCAAGGCCCACCACCCAUAUUCAGUCCUUCACAUUUCAUUCCAUGGACAGUUUUGAUGAUCUUCUCGCACCCUCUCGGAACGUCCUCGAAGAAAAUCCAUUCGAAGACCCAUUUGCUAAACGUUCUUCUUCGCCAGACCCAUGGUCUAGUUUCUCCCAUACUGGGCCAGGGCCAACGCAUCAUGAUAUCGACUACUACAAGACCGGCUUCGAGGAUGAACCAGUACGCAGUACUAGUGCAACGCCUACGACUGCGUCAUACGUAACAGGCGACCACGGGCACAGCGAUCAGAACAGCCUGAUUGCAGCUGACCCACUAGAUGCGGCUGCAGUGACUGCUGAGGACCAUGAUGAUGAACACAGUACAGCGCCGACAGACGUUGCUUCCCCACGUACACCUGGCUUCAGCACAUAUGCAUCUAGCGCAGAAGAGCAUGCAACAACUUCCGUCUCCGAACCUAUAUCAGAAUCGCCCGUUCCUCAUGAUGAUGAGCCAGUCGGGGCAGUAACACCUCCUCACCAGGAGUCAUCCCCAUCCCUUACUACAACUAUUCCUUCUACCAAAAUUAUCACACGUUUCGACAGUCCAGAGCGUGCUGUUAUCUCGCCACUGGAGCGGAGUUUCUCUCCAGUAGUCGAUCAAACCUUUGCAAGCGUUGCAUUGGAAGCGGAAUCUCAUCGAGGUUGGCAGUCUGACUGGGGAACGAAUGAUCCAUUGCCACCUGUUCAUUUGCCUGUCGCAAACACUACAGCCGAUGAGGAAGACGAUGACGACAAGCCGAUUGGCCAAUCGGCUAAAUUCAAGGGCAUAGACAGGAUUAACUCUCCACAGUUAGCAACUUCACCCGCUUCUACUGGGAGCAGAAGCGAUUCAUCAGCUCCUAUCUUCGUCAUUUCGGUCGAUGAUCCUCAGCGCGUGGGUGAUCCCAUUCGGGCGUUCACCAUGUAUACCGUGCACACACGAACAACCUCUCCGCUUUUCCAGAAGUCGACAUUUUCUGUGCUACGUCGGUAUUCAGACUUCCUAUGGUUAUACGAAACACUUUCGGCCAACAAUCCGGGUGUCAUUGUCCCUCCUGUACCAGAGAAAAGUCCAUUUGGGCGUUUCGAUGAGACAUUUGUACAACAGCGACGACUGGCUCUCGAGAAAUGUAUCCAAAAGAUUGUCAAUCACCCAGUGCUGGCAAAGGACCCUGACCUCAAGCUUUUCCUCGAAAGUGACACUUUCUCUUUAGACAUCAAACACAGGAAAGCCGAGCUUUCGCACGAAAGGGGAGGACUCAUGGCAUCUAUUGGCCAAACCUUGACGGGUCCGCGGUUUCAUGAAACUGAUGAGUGGUUCGAUAGACAGCGUGCAUAUCUGGAUGGUCUCGAAUCACAGCUGCGUGGUUUAGUAAAGUCGAUAGAAAUUGUUGCGAAGCAACGAGCCGAAUUGGCUGCUGCAACUGGGGAGUUCGCCACUGCGAUCACUGAUCUGUCACUCUCAGACAUUGGAAAGCAACUGGAGCAAUUCUUGGCUGCCAUGGCUGAUGUCCAGCGGAAGGCUGAGGAGGUCCAGACCAUUCAGUCGCAACAGGACAUAAUGACCCUUUUAGCUACCGCGGACGAAUAUUCAAGGUUGAUCAGCUCUGUCCGUAUGGCCUUCAACUCUCGCACGCGAACGUACACUGCAUGGCAAAAUGCUGAUUCUGACGUCCGCCGUGUCAAACAAAAUCAUGAACGACUUCGAGCUCAAGGUCGUCUCCCCACGGAUCGGAUGAGCCACACCGUUAGCCAAAUAUCAGAGGCUGAACGUCGAGCUCUGGAUGCCAAGCACGAAUUUGAUCAGUGCUCAAAGCUGAUCAAAUCUGAAAUGGCAAGAUUUGAGCAGGAGCGCGUGGAUGAUUUCAAGAUAUCUUUGCAAUCUUUCCUUGACGGGAUGAUAUCGAGACAGAAAGAGCUCAUUACUACAUGGGAGAACUACCAACAACUUCUCCUGAAACGUGUUGCUGCUUCCGAAGGGAGUAAAGUUUCACAGUCAUAGCGAAGUGAUAACAUGUAUCGUUUGCGGAUAUACUUUGUGUCGUACGUCGGUGUUUUUGUGGUCAUGCCGUAUCAAGCUCGGAGAUUCUCGGCUUCUUUCGAUUCGUCUUUCGUCCAAAUUGAACCUGCUGAUGCUGGGAGACUGGG